GCUGACCGAAUCACAGCUGCUCGGGUCUUUGAAGCUGCUCCUGAGUGGUCGAGCGAACUGCGUACUUCUGAAUAGGGACGUAAACUUCGCUCAGCGGUCCACGCAGUACCUUCUGUCGCCCUUUCAGCGCUCUGACUUGUGGAGAGUCUUCCACAGUGAGCACGUUAUCCAGACGGAGGAAUGCACUCUGAGCCCAUUUGUGGGCUAUAGCGACCAGAGCCAGUUUGUACGAGUGGACUGGCUGCAAGAGCAUGUGCUGAGCUCUGUUGCAGCUCGAAAGUGCUGCAUGGAGUUCGUAGUGCAUGAGCUCAUGAUCCGCCAAUGGCUUCACCACCCUGGGACUUUUCAGAAGACCUACAUGCUUGGUGACAUGGAGCAGGGUCCUUUCAUCUUUGACUCCCAGAAGAAUGGGAAUGCAUGGGCACGGGAGGAGGUGGCCUACAGCGAGGAAAACCUGGAGGAAGUAUACGUUCCGGCGGACUCCCGCGUGAGAUGCCGAGGAGAUGAUAGGCUAUGCCUCGCCUUGUAUAUGUGCCC